AUGACUUCUCUUUCGAUAGCAAUUCUGUCCCUAGAUAAGAGACUCCCCGGCCCUCUUCCACCAGGCCCUCGGCCUAAACCAAUUCUGGGCAACAUUACCGACUUGCCCCCGAAAGGAGAGCGGGAAUGGGUGCAUUGGAUGAAACAUAAAGAGCUCUACGGCCCCAUCAGUUCUCUUCAAGUCUUGGGGCAAACAAUCGUUAUUGCCAAUGCUCUGGAACCGGCAGUGGAUCUAUUGAAUAAACGCUCUGUAAUUCACUCCUCAAGACCAAGAAUGGUCUUUGCGUCGGAGCUGGUGGGGUGGGAGGACGGCAUAAUUUUCCAAGGUUAUACUGAGAGAUUUCGAGCCUAUCGUAAAGCAUUCCAGCCAUCGAUCGGAUCUGAGUCUGCCGCCAUGCAGUUCAACUCCAUUCAAGAGAGAGAAGUACACCGCUUCUUGUUACGAGUACUUCGGGAGCCAAAUGAUUUCCUCCAGCAUAUAAAAACAAAAGCAGGAGCCAUUAUUUUGAAUAUCGCUUAUGGCUAUAACAUUGACCCAUUUGGUUGUGACCAUCUAGUGCAUAUUACUAAUGAGGCGCUCGAUAAUUUCGUUCAAGCUGCAGCCCCUGGAGUUUGGAUGGUAGAUAUCAUCCCUGCGUUGAAACAUAUCCCGGCAUGGCUACCGGGGGCAGGCUUCCAGCGCAUAGCCCAGGCAUGGAGAGAACAAAGGACAGGCAUAGCAGAUAGACCCUACGCAUUCGUCAAGGCACGGAUGGCCAGUGGCAAGUAUAAACCAUCGUACUUGUCCAAUAUUUUCGAAACACAGGGAGUUCCUAAGCCUGGGUCGGAAGAAGAACUUAUCGCAAAAUGGUCUGCUGCUUCACUCUACACUGGAGGGGCCGAUACGACUGUCUCAUCUGUUACAUGUUUCUUCCUUGCUAUGGCCUUAUAUCCAGAUGUCCAGCGUAGAGCACAAGAUGAAAUUGAUCGAGUUCUGGGGCCUGGACGGCUACCGAAAGUGGCGGACCGCUCUCGUCUUCCCUAUAUCAAUGCCGUCGUUAAAGAGGUGUUGCGCUGGCACCCUGUUGGGCCUAUGGGAGUACCUCAUAUGUCAACUGAGGAUGAUGUUUGGGGAGAUUACUUCAUUCCUAAGGGCUCUAUCAUAAUGCCCAAUAUUUGGGCUAUGAUGCACGACCCAAAGAUCUUCUCUGACCCGAUGACUUUUAACCCCGAGAGGUUCCUCGGAAAAGAGGGACAUAUUCCAGAAAUGGACCCACACUCCAUCGCCUUUGGGUUCGGCCGCCGCAUAUGUCCCGGUCGCUUCUUAGCGGACAACACGGUCUAUCUGAGCGUAGCACAGACCCUCGCGGUUUUCAAUAUCAGCCACGCUGUACAAGAUGGAAUUGCUAUCACAGAGAGUCCAAAAUUCGAGCCGGGUGUUAUUAGCCAUCCAGCUCCAUUCCAAUGUUCAAUCACAGUUCGGGGCCCAUCUCAGGAGGCAAUUAUCUUAUCUGUUGAGCAAGAGCACCCAUGGGAGCCGAGUGAUGCAUCCGAGCUCAAGAAUGUUGCGUAUACAACGGACAUCGCUGUAUGA